GGUCGUGCCUCGGGAAACCGGAGGGUGGGGGGAGGGGAAGAGCGCCGAAAAGAAAACCCACCGAGGCGGGGACUGGCCUGGGCGGGGAGGGGCGGCGGGGCCGGAGCCCCUCUCUGUUGGGCGGACUCCCCAUGGCCAGAGGCUGAGCUCCACUCCCGCCGGCCGCUCCCUAGGGGAAGGGAAAGAGGAGAGGAGCGGAGCGAGAGGCCGCCAGCGAGCGAGCACGGGCGGCAUCCGCAGUCUCCAGAAGUUUGAGACUCGGCCGUGAGCGGACUUGUGCGCCCGGACUCUGCCGCGCCAGCACCAAGGGAAAAGAGCAGGGGCUGCCUGGCCGCGGCGCGCCGGCUUUGUCAUGAUGGCCAGCUACCCCGAGCCCGAGGACGCCGCGGGGGCCCUGCUGGCGCCGGAGACCGGCCGCGCAGCCAAGGAGCCGGAGGCACCGCCGCCGCCGAGCCCCGGCAAGGGAGGAGGAGGCGGCGGCGCCGGGACAGCCCCGGAGAAGCCCGACCCCGCUCAGAAGCCCCCGUACUCGUACGUGGCGCUCAUCGCCAUGGCGAUCCGCGAGAGCGCCGAGAAGAGGCUCACUCUGUCCGGCAUCUACCAGUACAUUAUCGCCAAGUUCCCGUUCUACGAGAAGAACAAGAAGGGCUGGCAGAAUAGCAUCCGCCACAAUCUCAGCCUCAACGAGUGCUUCAUCAAGGUGCCGCGCGAGGGCGGCGGCGAGCGCAAGGGCAACUACUGGACGCUGGACCCGGCCUGCGAGGACAUGUUCGAGAAGGGCAACUACCGGCGCCGCCGCCGCAUGAAGCGGCCCUUCCGGCCGCCGCCCGCGCACUUCCAGCCCGGCAAGGGGCUCUUCGGGGCCGGAGGCGCCGCGGGCGGCUGCGGCGUAGCGGGCGCGGGGGCCGACGGCUAUGGCUACCUGGCGCCCCCCAAGUACCUGCAGUCCGGCUUCCUCAACAACUCCUGGCCGCUACCGCAGCCGCCCUCACCCAUGCCCUACGCCUCCUGCCAGAUGGCGGCGGCCGCUGCGGCGGCGGCGGCGGCUGCUGCCGCCGCGGGCCCGGGCAGCCCGGGCGCGGCCGCGGUAGUCAAGGGGCUGGCUGGCCCGGCCGCCUCGUAUGGGCCGUACUCACGCGUGCAGAGCAUGGCGCUGCCUCCCGGUGUGGUGAACUCGUACAACGGCCUGGGAGGCCCGCCGGCCGCGCCCCCGCCGCCGCCGCACCCCCACUCACACCCGCACGCACACCAUCUACACGCGGCCGCCGCACCCCCGCCGGCCCCGCCGCACCACGGGGCCGCGGCACCGCCCCCGGGCCAGCUCAGCCCCGCCAGCCCGGCUACCGCCGCGCCCCCGGCGCCCGCGCCCACCAAUGCGCCGGGCCUGCAGUUCGCCUGCGCCCGGCAGCCCGAGCUCGCCAUGAUGCAUUGCUCUUACUGGGACCACGACAGCAAGACCGGCGCGCUGCACUCGCGCCUCGAUCUCUGAGAGCCCAGCGCACGCCGGCUUUGAGGAUGCGGGGACGUGCGACGCCGGCCUUAGCCGCAGCCGCCGCCGCCGCCGCCGGCCGGACCACGCGCCCUCUGGGGCCAUCUUCUGAGCCAGCGUCCAAGGCCCUCUGCGCCUCCUCGCUCCCCUCAGCUCCUCUCGUCCCUCUUUUGUCUCCUCCGCUUCUCCUCCUGUUGCUCGCCUCCCUGCCCUCUCUGCCCUCUCGCUCCCCCCUCCUUCCCCCCCCCCCCCCCCCCCGCCUGGAGGCCGGCUCUCCGCGCGCCUUCUGCAGGCCUCGUCUCCUCCCGGUGCCCCGGCGUCCGGGCUGGACACCCCAUGCCAAAAUUCAGAGCGGAGAGGAAGUGCCGGGGCCGAGGUGCAGCCGGGCGUCGGCGGUGCAGACCUCUUGGCCUUCUCACACAGGUCGGUGCGCUCGCGCUCGGCUUUCCCCGCCGGGCUGCCGCGCAAUCCUUGGCUGGAAGCGCGGGUCCGGGCGGGCAACGAGACCCGCGCCGCCCGAGAAAGGGACGAACGUGUGUUUGCCCCACGUAGGCUCUUGGAGCGGUUCAGAAGCCGCUUGCCGGGGCCCACUGGAUGGGGCGGGGGUUGGGCCCGACCGGGGAGCCCGGCUGCCUCGCUUGGCGGCCUGCGCUAGGGUUUACAGCACAUCCCCGCUCCGAGACAGGCUGCGUGUCCUCCGCUCUCCAUCUCGGCGCUUCGGGCACCUCCAGGCCCGCGGCGGCUGGCUAAUGUUUCGCCCAAAAGAUCGGGAGGGCUGUUUUAGAUAACGUUUUAAAAUAUUUUUUUAAGAAAAAAAAAAAAAAAACUAACCGGGAAAACCGGCGAAGUAUUGUGGCCUUGGAGUUUGCUAAAGCAAAACAUGAAAAUCUCUUCCAGGAGAUUGGAAGUAGAAUUCCUGUCGGGCCUUCAAAAAGCUAUGUUCAGAGAGGUAGGAGAAUAUGCUCAGUAAAAGUUGGUUUCCUUUACGAAUUUGGGGAGGUUCCCCCCAUCUGUCUAAAAACAAAUCAAAAACAAAUUUCCCCGGAUCUUCCGAUGCAAGUCCAGAGUGCCGGGAGAUCAUUGCCUGCCUGGCGGACGCUGCAGGGACGGCUCGUCCUCUCUCUGAUUUUUGUUUUGCAAACGUCUUACUUCUCCCACCUUGGGCAGGAGAAAUGCGAAACCUGGCGGCAGUCGGACUAGGCGGCAGCAGUCGGACCAGGCGGGCUUGUGGCCCGGAGCCGGCUGGCCCGAAAACCCUAGACCUGGUUGUUCUGUAGUGUGUCGUUUGGAGGACCAAAUUUUCUAGAAAGAACUAGAGCACUUUUGUUGUUUUGUUUGUUUGUUUGUUGUUAUCGUCUUGUCAAUUCCCAAAUAAAUUUUUUGUUCUUUCUUUUAAC